AUGGUUAGGGCGGAUGCAUCCAUCAACAUCAAUGUGCUCCUAAAUGUCACGGCCGCACACUUUGGGUUCAGGCUGACGUACAGGAGGGUCUGGCUGGCGAAGCAGAAAGCUGUUGCCGUUAUCUAUGGUGACUGGGAUAAGUCAUACAACGAGCUCCCUAGGUGGGUGUUAGGAGUCCAGUUGACCAUGCCUAGUACUAUUGCAGUCCUUAGGACUAGCCUUGUUCGAGUUGGGGGACAGCUGGACGAGUCUCAGGCUUAUUUUCACAGGCUGUUCUGGACGUUCCCACCUUGUGUCGAGGCAUUCAGUCAUUGCAAGUCGUUGCACGUGACACCGCAUCCGGGUCUGCUGGUUAUUUUGGACAGGCAUAACGGCAUCAAGGCCGCGCUUGAGGCUCCCGACAGGGGAUGGCUACCUCCAGCUGCAUACCGGGCAUUCUGCAUUCGACACGUAGCAGCAAAUUUCGCCCUCACCUUCAAGGGAAAAGACGCUCGGAGGCUUCUUGUGAAUGCCGCAUAUGCUAAGACCGAGGUCGAGUUCGAUUACUGGUUUGACAUUCUGCGCUCUGAAAAUCCAGCGAUGUGUGAUUGGGCGAACCGGAUUGAGUAUUCAUUGUGGACACAAUAUUGUGAUGAGGGCCGCAGAUUCGGGUACAUGACGACCAAUAUCUCUGAAUGUGUGAACUCAAUCCUCAAGGGUGUCAGGAACCUCCUUGUGUGCUCGCUGGUGAAGGCCACAUACGGAAGGUUGGCCGAACUAUUUGUUCGCAAGGGGAGAAAGGCUGAGGCCCAGCUGGGUACCGAACAACAAUUCAGUCAACACCUGCUGGGUACCGAACAACAAUUCAAUCAACACCUGGUGAAGUGUAUCGAGGCCAAUUUGAAGACGGCGAGGUGCUUCACCAUGACUGUAUACGACAAGGAUAACUCGGAGUACACCGUGGCAGAGACGACUCUGACUGGUUCGUUCUCACUGAGUAGCUACAGGGUCUCACUUGGUUCUCAGACAUGUGACUGUGGAUACUUCCAGGCACUUCAUUUCCCGUGUCCGCACGCAUUGGCAUGCUGUGCCUACUCACGGGUUACAUGGCAGCCAUACGUCCACCAGGUGUAUCGUCUUAGUUCGGUCUUCAGUGUCUAUCAGAUGGGAUUCACACCUCCCAUUCUGGAGGGUUUCUGGCCACCAUAUGACGGGCCGACCGUGAUACCGGACCCGAACAAGAGGCGUGCGAGGGAGGGUCGUCCCGGGUCCACUCGGAUACGGACCAAUAUGGAUGAGGCAGAUCCGAACCGGCCUAAGAGAUGUGGCCUCUGUCGGUAA